AUGAGGUUAGGAGGUAAUCCUCGGCCUGCUGGUACCGGUAAAACUGAGACUGUGAAGUCCCUCGGUGCACAACUCGGCCGAUUGCUUCGACUUUGCUGCAAUGGGCGUAUCUUCGUGGGCUUGUGCCAAGUUGGCGCUUGGGGCUGUUUCGAUGAGUUCAACCGUUUGGAGGAACGGAUACUGUCGGCAGUCAGCCAACAGAUCUUCUCUAUCCAGUCUGGGUUACGACAUCAGAAGGAUGAAGUGAACAUCCUCGAUAGAGCAGUGUCCCUCUCUCCUAAUGUGGGUAUAUUCGUUACUACCAAUCCUGGGUAUGCAGGACGGUCCAAGUUCCCUGAUAACCUCAAGCAGCUGUUCAGGCAGGUGGCUAUGAUAGUACCAGAUAAGGUCCUCAUAGCACAAGUAUUGCUAUUCUCACAAGGCUUUAAAGAGGCUGAGGCUUUGUCAUCAAGAGUAGUCGAUCUCUUUGAUAGAUGCUCUAUCAAGCUGUCGAGUCAACCCCACUACGACUUCGGCCUCAGAGCUCUUAAAAGCGUGUUGGCUAGUGCCGGCAACUUGAUGCGCUCCUCUGGGGUACUACCAGCCCCAACUGCCCCAGACUGCCCCUCUGAGGAGGAUGAGGUAGACAUCGAUGCUGAGGACACCAUCAUACUCAAAGCUAUUGCCAACGCUGUGGUACCCAAGUUGGUGGGUGAGGACGUUGUAAAGAUGUCUAAGUUGGUGGAAGAGGUAUUCCCCGAGACAAAGGCAGCAGCCUUCGAUGAGGCCACUCUCGAGUUGCACGUUGUUGAUGUAUGCAAGGAGAGAGGACUAGAUCCUCAGGAAGCCUUCAUAGCCAAGUGUCUGCAACUAUACCAAUUGCAGAAGCUCAAUCACGGCAUCAUCCUGUUCGGUCCUGUUGGCAGUGGCAAAUCAACGGUUACUGCAGUGCUUUUGGAUGCCUUACAACGACAUGAACGGAUAGUGACCAAACUGCAUGUUCUGGAGCCUAAGGCGAUGAUGAAAGAUGACCUCUAUGGUCGAUUGGAUGCUACUACUCGGGAGUGGACCGAUGGGAUCUUCACUGAUAUACUACGCAAGAUCAUCGCCAACAAUGCCUCUGCUCCUACUACCUUUCCUAGACGCCAUUGGAUCAUCUUUGAUGGUGAUGUUGAUCCUAAUUGGGCCGAAAACCUUAACUCGGUACUCGACGAUAACAAGAUGCUCACCUUGCCAAGCGGUGAACGCCUACUUCUGCCUUCAAACGUUAGGAUACUCUUUGAGGUUGACUCCCUAAAGCAUGCUACAAUGGCUACGGUAUCUAGGUGUGGCAUGGUGUGGGUCAGCCCUGAGACUGUUACCGACGAGAUGAUCUGCAUGAGGGAGCUGAAAGACCUCCAUCGAGCAACACAGUCGCCGUUGGGAACUGGGAGGAUGGGCUCAGAUUUGGUCAGCGAGGGAUGUGUUGAUACUCUUCACCGCUUCUUCCAUCCUGGAGGGCUAGUGUAUAGAUCCCUUGCUUAUGUCAAGGAGCUACCAUCUGGUGUACAUAUAAUGCCAUUCACUGCUACUAGAGGUAUCAAUGCUAUGUUCAGUCUGCUAAGUGACCAUGUUCACCGUGCUGUCUCUUCCUGUCGUAAUGCAUCGAUAAGAGAGAAGUAUCUCGAUAAGGCACUAAUAUUCUCUGUAUGCUGGGGGUUUGGUGCUUCUCUCCCCUUAAUUCACAGAGAGCAGUUUGCUGUAUUUGUGGCAUCCGAGGCUGAAGCUUGUGGUGUACCUGUGCCGAUAAACUCCUGCCUCCUAGACUAUGAGGUUCGAGUAAUGGAUGGUCAAUGGACAUCAUGGACUAAUAAGGUCGGACGGAUCGAUCUAGAUGCAUCUCAAGUCCUUAAUGCUGACCUUGUUAUACCUACCAUUGACACUGAGCGGCAUGCUCAGUGUAUCAAUUCUUGGAUCGCCUCUAGACGACACUUCAUCCUCUGCGGUCCUCCUGGUUCAGGCAAGUCUAUGACGUUACUCUCAUCUCUAAGGGCUCUGGGCGAUUCCCUACAGGUGGCCUCUCUCAACUUCUCUAGUGAGUCCACUCCUGAACUACUUAUGCGUACCUUGAUGACCUACUGUGAGUGUUGCCAAACUUCUACUGGAUGGAAGCUUCGUCCAGCCUCGGGGGAAGCUGCCCCUGGUGGUGGGGCAUCUGACAAGUGGCUUGUGGUAUUCUGUGAUGAGAUCAACCUACCAGUCCCCGAUGCCUACGGGACACAGAGAGUCAUCAUGUUUAUAAGGCAGAUAAUCGAGAGCGGAGGCUUCUACCGACCAAGUGAUAGGUCUUGGGUCGAGGUAGAACGUAUCCUCUUUGUUGGUGCCUGUAACCCUUCUACUGAUGCUGGGCGCCAUGCUAUGAGUGAUAGAUUCCUCCGUCAUGUGCCUGUCCUGUUCAUGGACUAUCCAUCAAGUGACUCUUUGGUACAGAUCUACGGCACCUUUAUUAGAGCUAUGCUUAGGCUCCAACCACAGCUAGAAGAGUAUGCUGACAUGCUUACUAAGGCAAUGGUAUCUGUAUACACAAGUAUAGGACAGACAUUCACGGUGGCAGGCUGUGGGCAGCCUCAUUACUUCUACUCACCACGAGAGCUCACUAGAUGGAAGAUUGCCUUGUAUGAGGCUAUGAUGGAAUAUGACUGCAUGUCCCGUAUGGACCUUAUUAGACUCUUCAUUCAUGAGGCUAUGAGGGUAUUCCGUGAUCGGUUAACGACAAUUGAGGAGCGUACAAGGGCCGAUGGGAUCAUCGAUGAUACAGCCAAGGAGUACUUCGGAGCCACUGAGAAGGAACUGAGAAGACCUCUCAUGUUCUCCCAUUAUGGCAGUAAAUACUAUACUGAAAUUAGCAUAGAACGUAUGAGAGUAUUUGUGGGAGCUAAGCUGGAGGAGUUCUACGAGGAGGCUUUGUCUGUUAAGCUCUCGUUGUUCGAUACUAUGCUGGAUCACAUGACCAGAAUCGACCGGGUCCUUAGACAACCUCUGGGUCAUAUGCUCCUUGUCGGUGCUAGUGGGGUUGGUAAAACUGUCCUAUCAAAGUUCGUCAGCUGGAUGAACGGCCUCUCUGUCUAUCAGCUCAAGACCGGUAAGUCAUAUGAUAUCCACUCUUUCGAGGCUGACCUUCGGCAUGUUAUGAAGCGUGCUGGGGUGAAAGGAGAGAGAAUAUGCUUCAUCUUCGAUGAGUCUAACGUCCUCGGCCCAGCUUUCCUCGAGAGGAUGAAUGCUUUACUUGCUGGUGGAGAGGUCCCUGGUCUAUUCGAAGGCGACGAGUAUAACAACUUGAUCCAGGAGUGCCGUAGCAGUAACGAGACCGCCACUACAGCGGACGCCAACGAGCUAUUCUCUACUUUACGAAAGAGUAUGGACGAUGCUAAUGAUGCUCAGCGAGCUGUGUCAGCCUUUGGUCCCAUUUGA